AUGAGCCGAGCCGUUACGGGAGCCACAAGACUGGGCCGCUUCCUCUUUCGCUCACCGCCAUCACCUGCCAGCAAAACCGUGCUACGCUCAUCAGUCACCGUGUCGGGUGCUGUCCUUGCUGCAACUGCCACCACUGCCGCUGCCACUGCUACUGUUGCUUCCAUGGUCGCAUACUCGAGCUCCGUCUCCCAGCCGGAGAUUCUGGCUGGUUCAGUUCCUGCUGACGUCCAGGACCUUGCACACCAUAUCAAGGACAAAAAUGGCAGGACUAUCAGGUUUCGCAAUCCUUAUCCGUCUACCGGCGGCGUUGAGCCCAUGAGCUGGGCCAUGGCGAUGGACAUGUUUCGGGCUGCCUGGAAAGGAGAGAUGCGCUUUCCAGAUGUUAAGAAUGCCAACAUUCCCUCAACCAAACCCAAAUUCCUGACAAGUCGCACCGGCUCAGCCAGCCUACGAGCCACCUGGCUUGGCCACUCUUGCUACUACAUCGAGUUCCCCAGCGGCCUGCGUGUGCUGUUCGACCCUGUUUUUGAAGACCGUUGCUCGCCCGUUCAAUGGCUCGGCCCGAAGCGCUACACACAGCCUCCCUGUUCUCUGUCGGACCUUCCAACCGUCGAUGCUGUCGUCAUCUCCCACUCGCAUUAUGAUCACCUUUCGCAUCCAAGUGUGGUAGAGCUGGCAAAAAAGAACCCAGAAGCGCACUUCUUUGUUGGAUUGGGACUCGCAAAAUGGUUUCUCCAGAGCGGCAUCUCCAAGGUCACCGAGAUGGACUGGUGGCAGGAUAUCGAGCUCACCUUGCAGAAGAAAAAAGACGAAGCUCAGACCAGCACUUCCGAGAAUGAUGAUCCCUCAGCCCCUGACACCAUUACCGCUCGCAUCAGCUGUCUUCCAUGCCAACACUCUUCUGGCCGUUCCAACCUGGAUCAGAAUCACACGCUCUGGGCCUCAUGGGCCGUUUCGUCCGGUGGCAAGUCUGUCUGGUUUGGCGGCGACACGGGCUACCGUAGAGUACCGAGGGUCCCUCCCGGCGUAAACGACUACGGGCCAGAAUACGAGUCGCUGCCACGGUGUCCGCAAUUCAAGCAGAUAGGCGAGCUGCGCGGCCCCUUCGACCUGGGCUUGAUCCCCAUUGGCGCGUACAAGCCGCGCCACGUCUUCAGCUGGAUGCAUGCCAACCCGUAUGAUGCCGUCGAAAUCUUCAAGGACACUCGCUGCAAGCGGGCUAUGGGCAUCCACUGGGGCACAUGGGUGCUGACCUCCGAGGAUGUCGAGGAACCGCCCAAGUUGUUGAGGGAAGCACUGAAAGUGAAUGGACUACCUGAAGAAGGCGUGUUUGAUGUUUGUGCCCUUGGAGAGACGCGGGAGUUUUGA